AUGCCUCUCGUUAGCAAGUGUGCUUGCGUUGAGAAGCUGUCGCAGCUUCACGCAACGGUACUCAGCGACCUUCAUCCUUGCAAAGAACAGGUCUACGAAGCGCGUGUGUCACAGUUACAGAGUACAAUAGACGAUUUGCAAUUAAGGAAUGCCGAUCUCUGCACACAGCUCGCCGAUAUACGCUCUACAAUAGCUGCUGACCCAUUUCUGAGUUCCAAGUUUCAAUGUGUAACCUCAACUUUGCGCGAAGAGCCUUCUCGCAUUUACGGGGUUAACUUGGAUUCCAGAUCGAGUCCCGCUGAUGUCUAUCGACAACUCUGCAUUUUAGCUGUAAGUUUUGCCGACGGAAAUGAGCGUUAUGAAUACUUUUUGCAGGAUCGCAAUCGGGAUCUCGAGGGUCGCCUGUUUACCGAGCAGGCCAUUUCUAUGUCAUGGAAGCACAAAAUAAACAGCCUAGAGCAGCGUCUGAAGGAUCAACUAGACGACUUAGUAGAGAUCACGAGGGACGCACAGUGUAUUAAAGAUGUUGAUUGUGCGGGAAAACGUUCAGAUCGGCGCGAAGCUCUCACGAAGGAGGCGCUCGAGCUGCUCAAGCUCGCCCGUUUGCGCAUAGACGGAGAUCGUACCCGCAUGGAGAUUUUCCGUAAUCGCAUUGCGGAGCUAGAGAGAGAACUGCUAGAACAUAGGCUCAAGACCUCGGAUGCCGCAAGCCAACUGGAUCGCUCUUCAACUGCCGCGGGCAUAUCGCAACUUCAACCGGAUAUAACAGGAGGAAGACCGGCGUCGACAUACCCACUCCAGCAUACGGCACAACUUGACAGCUGUGCCGUAUCUGGAACAAGCACGUUAAUGCGCGAACUUGAAAUGUCCAAGGGAUCACUGAGGCACAAUUCGUGGAAUAAUGUCGAUGAUGGUGGAUGCAAAGGGGCACCAUCGAAAUCCGAGGCAGCAGCCCAUUCUGCUUCGGAAGACGGCAACCGUAGAAAGCUUAUUAGACUUUACAGCGAUAUUUUGACACUCAUAAGGACUAAUAAUGCACAGGCCAUGCCUCCAGUGUCACAGACGAGAGCUACGCCCAGGACGGGAGCAUCGGUACAUCGCAAUAGCGAACGAAGGGCUGUGCAAACAUCGGCCAGCAAAUCUCCUAGACCCUCAUAUGCGGUAUCGGAAGACCGUAUAGAUGAAGCAGUCUCAAAAAAUAUUGACGAUCAUAUUGCCCCUAGCGAACGUCUUGUUCGUAUCCCCAGCAUGUCUAUGGUGAAGAGCGAAGAUAAUGCACCCAGCAUCUUUAGGUCGCAAUCGCCUGUAGCGUCUAACAAAGAUGUAUGUGUAUCUUCCCCUAAAGGAUGUCUCCUCUCGGCCUCAAAGUCAUUGCCAAGGAAUGAAAGUGGAACUUCCGAUCCUCUCGAUGGUCCAUGCCAGGCUGAUACCUCUCUGAUCUCGUCAGAUUCGGCGACCGAGAUUCAGAGUGCUAGACUCACAGAUACUAACUUACAGAUUGGCGACUCGCCCUCCAGUGAUGGCACGGUUUUGCUGUCCUCCAGCUCGCUGGAUAACGAGUCGGUUUCGAGCGACACUUGUGAUGGUUCACAACAUGACGGCUCAGCUCAUGACGAUGGGCAUGUGGUUCUCGACCUCACCAACGACGAACCCAAUCAAAUUGUCAACACUCAAGACGCUGUUUCUGAGGGUUUGGCUUCGUCCGCCGACAGUUUGAGCAGCAGUGACACUUCAAUGUCAAAACCACGUGAUUAUGCAGGGGUCAAAUUAAGUCAUGUAGAUGCCCGAUCAUCAUCGGUCGAACACAUAGCUGACAAGUCUGACGAUUCUUCUUCAGCUUUUGAAGUCACGACCAAAAUGCUCACCAUGACCUCUGAGGCAGUUAACGGAACCGCGAGCGUGGAUGGCACUCCUGAGAGUUCAAUUCCGCCAUCACUGCAUGAUAACACGAACACCGCGGAUUCUGCAAUGGUGGUAGAAUAUGAUAGCCCGCAAGUGUCACAGUCGGCUUCGUCGUCGUCUCGAGGAAAGGGGUCGCCAGACGUAUCGUCGCAAGUCUUGAAGAACAAUGAGAGCAAAUCUAUAGUGUUCGAUGGUAUAGAUACGCCUAUAAAUGAACUCCCGAGUUAUGAAUUCGACACUCCACGUGGAAAUUCUACAGCGGAUCAAUCCAUGCGAAGAGUCGACACCCUUGCCAUAAACACAUCAAGCUCGUUCGUGAGCGCACAGAAACGUGAGAUGUUGGAUGCCUUGCUUCUUUUACUUCAAGGCGUGCCGGUGUUAAACGAUCUACCCGAAGAACGGUUACGAGGCCUGCUACCAUAUUUCAAGCUCCAGUCUUACUCUCCUCGUGCUGCAAUUAUCCUUGCUGGUGAGCAACCGCGUUAUUUUUACAUCCUCGCGUCGGGUUUGGUGUCUGCGUAUUCAUAUGAAAGUUUCGACAAGCCUAAUCGCCUGCUGCGCCGAUAUUUGAGCGCGGACUAUUUCGGGGAGCUCUCCUUAAUAAACAAUCGAGCGUGUACUUCCUACAUCAUAGCUGAGGGCCACGUCACCGUUCACGCCAUGUGGGGCCAGGAUUUUGUUGAGCAAUUGUCGGAUUUGUUUCCCAAGUUCAUGGAACGUGCCAUGGCGGAAUAUGACAAGCCCAACUGGCGCUCAACGGUUUCUCCUGGUCCACGUAUGGACCGAAAGGCUAUUGAGGAUUUGUCCGACAUAAAAACAUUCAUAAGCAAGGUACCGAUAAUAUCAACGGCCCCUAAUAUGGAUUCAUUCAUCAGAUCGUUUUUGUAUAAGAAGUUUAGAGCCAAGGAGGUGAUUGUUACUGCAAUUGCCUCGCUGCGCGACUUUUACGUUGUCUACCGCGGCAGUGUAGCUAUUCAGUUGAAAGAUUCUCAGAAUGAGGAAGUACGCGACUUCGCGGUGCUAGACCCUAUGUCGUUUGUUGGCGGUGUAUCUCUCACCGACCCACACGUGUCACAGCUGUUGGGUCCGGCAUCCCUCGUAGCAACAAGCGACGCAAUUUUAUUGGUUAUGGAGACCGAUAAAUUCAGCAGGCAGCCUGACAGCUGGAAAACUCACGUGCGUACGUACCUGGAGCAAUUUUUCGUCGACAAGAUGGUUGAACGCAAGUUGAUGCAGGGCGUGGAAAAAUUGUCUGCACUACCCAGGGAAGUCACACACUCUGAGUCGUUGUCGAAUGCGGUGCUUAGUUCUGAUAGCGGAUGUUUCAGUGACGAGUUGAACGGGCAAAGCAGCAUAACGUCGGAUCGCUCCCCGCAGUCGCCCCAUGCAAUGGGUGACAAAUCGCGAGGCCAAAUGUCUUCACCUGCAGUUUCAACGGUUAAGGAGGACGACGAUGAUAGUGAUUUAAUGGAUUCGGUGUUGCCUUCGCCCAAAUCGUCUGCGACAUCUGAUGACCUUCUGUCGGUUUCAAGUCAGAGCCUGGAUGACACAUCCGCUAUCGUGCGAACAGGUUCUUACAAGUUGCUGAGUAUACCACAGUCGCCAGUCAACGAAUUAGACAGUGGUGCCGCGCUGGGGACAACCACCGUUCUGAUCAACAGUGGGGAGAAGAAAGUUCCCAACUCCACUGCAGAUAAUCGCCCUGCUGGCGAUGAAAGUGGCAUAUCGCCACCUGUUAAGGACAUAAGCCGAGAUAUGGACCAAAUUUCGAUCACUGAUGACAAUCGCCAUAGUCUAAUAUGCGAAUCUGAUACGUUACAAGAAAGCGAUCGCAGUGAGUCCCUUGCGUCCGACUGCAUAGGGUCGGACCGCAAUGUUGUUGAUGAUAUGCACAAUGACAACGGGGAUGAUUCCGCCGAGAUAGAUGAUGUAAAAAACGAAGCACCGCAUAGUUUCACUCGCAGAGUGAGGCGUGCCCCAACGGGUAUAUUCAGAAAUGAUCGAAAAGAUUUCCGCAACACCUUGAGCAGCGGUCGAAAGGGCACCAUAGGGUCCACUACUGACUUAUCUGCGACAGCGACCAGUGUAGUGGAUGACACUGAGUUACGUGAGUCCUCCAUAGAAAGCGUGAUCGACGAAACUGACGGGUUGUCUGAUACUUCACUAGAUUCUGACGUAUCUGAUAUGUUUUCAAAUUCGUUUUCAGAUGACAGCAGCGUCACACCGAAAACAUACGACGAAGAUACGCUAAAGGCGUCAAAGGACCUUUUAAUUGCCACGCUGAAGUGCAAGUGUACCUCUUUGGGCGCUGCCUUCAAUUUCAUGGAUGCGGACAACUGUGGCGUCGUUUUCCGGCCGCGCUUCUACGAUGCUAUUGAGGAAUUGGGCAUCGCGUCGAUUGAACCUUCCGAGUUGCCCUAUUUGUUCGACAUGCUGAGGGAGAAUGACCGUGAGGUCAUGACAGUGGCAUCACUGUACCGCGACAGUGGGGAGCGCGUUAACACCGCCCAGGAAUUCUGCCUCCGUUUACAGCAUGUCCAUGGGAGUUCUCGCGUUGCCUUUGAAAAGCAUUUUGGCCCGCUGAAAAUGAGCUCGACUUGCGCCGAAGCUGACUUCCUGAUUUUGGCAAUGAACGUGGGAGUGGAGGAGGAGGAUGCACGAAAAAUCUUCAAGGAGUUGGACAUAUGUGGGAACAGUUACGUUACAAUACUAACCAUGCUGAAGCUGAUGCGGGGGGAUUGGACCUUGGACGUCGCGCUAGAGAAGGAGCAAGCAGCUGUCUCCAGCUUUAACCAAAUUGUUGGCUACUGGCAGAAUGAUGAUUACGAGUCGUUUCGGAAAGAAUUUUCCAACCCUUACAUAUGUGUAUUCGAUAUUCUCGAAUACGGGGUCGACGUGUCGCAGGUGGAUUGUGGUUGGGAGGAAUUUACAUCGCUGGCAAACGACUCAUCCAAAUCGCAUUAUGUGGACACUCUCAUUAUCCCCACUUUGGAAUCCCACUCCUCUUUCAGGCAGCUUUCUCCGAUCCAACGUAGGUUCGUCGCAUCUCUGUUCGUCGAAUCUCGAAAGAAUAAGGGCAAUGUGAUAAUCUCUCAGGGCGAUGUCGAUUUCCUCUUGUACAUUGUCCUGUCGGGUCAGGUUCAGUCCACAUACACAACGUACCUCUACACCGAAUCUGCAUCAACAGACGUGGUUGUUGGCAGCUUCUUGGAAUUCGAUUGCUUCAUGGCGGGCCAACCAUCGGCCUGCACAUACAAAGUUGGAUCUGUUGGCCCUGCAGUCCUGGCGUCUAUUGAGAAAGCGAUGUUCAAAGAGGCCGUACAGCCCAUAAUAGAAGUGCGGUCAAAGAGGGUGCCCGUCAUUUCCACGUUUCUAAGUAAGGUACCGUGCCUUGAGGGACUAGACCCGGAGGUCAUUGAACGCAUUGCCUGCGCCAGCGUUGUACGCAAAAAGAAAAUUCACGAAACGAUAAUUCGUGAAGGCGACCCACCAGAAUGGAUGUACGUCGUAUUUGAUGGAUCAGUGGACGUAAAGGUCUCUAGUGCUGCGAACCAAAUCGCUGAAUCUGUCUCGUCCACAGGCCUUAUUGGUGCCGAGGAGGUGGCAUGCUCCCUGCCAAGCUACAUGAGCAGUGCUCUAGCUAAUUCCUCAACGGUGUUACUCAUCGGCUGGCUGGCGUCGUCUUUUGCGACGGCAUUCGGCGACGCUGCAGGGUGCAUCCGCGAAGCCUCCCGCGAGGCAUCUCUGGUGCGCUCCAACACUCUGAAAAUGUUCGAUCAGCGAUCGCAGAGGCUACCCUUAAAGUCCACAAAAACAGUAUCGUUUUCUAUCAACAGGGCUAGCAACGCAUAA